AAGGUCGAUUCACACACAUCAGUGACGUAUCAGUGCCGUAUCCGCUCAGUGCUUCAGUGUCAGUGAAAAAAAAUAUCGUUACUUUGAAUUUGACUGACGCGUUCACACACGUCCGGCGCAGUACCGUGUUUUGACUCUCAGUGACCGUUACGUCUCCGUUCCGUGAAACUGAAUAUCGUCGCCACCGAUAUUUUUCAGAUUUUCACGGACGCCGGAAGCUAUGGAUGACGAACUACUCAUUGAACUGGUGCGGAACCAUCCAGUUCUGUAUGAUCUCUCACAACCAAAAUAUAUGGAUUCCAACUUUAAACAAGAUAUAUGGAAUAAAAUAGGAGAAGAAAUGAAAGUAGAUGGUUCAGCAUGUAAAAGCAGAUGGAACAAUAUAAGGGACAAUUACAGAAAAUCUAUGAAGAAGACUUCAACUAAGAGUGGGCAAAGUGCAAAGAAAAUUAAACUGUACAAAUUUUCUGAGCAAUUAAGCUUUUUAAAGUUAUACAUGCACGAGAGGGAAACAAAGGGAAACAUCGCAAGUGAGGAACAUGAAGGAAACAAUCACGACGAUGUUGUAGAAAACCAGGAGGACGAAGAAGAGAACAUCCAGACAGAUGCAGGGGAACCAACAGUAUUGGACGGAGGCCUGCAUGAAGAUUUGCAGACACAACCAUUGCCCUCACCAAAGCCUACUCUUGAAGCUAAAGUUAAGUCAUUAGCAGGAAAAUCAAAGAAGAGAGUGGCACCUCAACAAACAGCUUCUGCAAAAUUAAUGGAGUAUUUGAUAAGUAAACAAGAAAAUCAAACCGCUUCCACCCCACCACACCCUGUUGACGCAUUUCUAGCAGGCAUUGCUCCAACUCUCAAGACUUUGACCCCUUAUUAUUUGAAUGUAGCAAAAUCUGAAAUAUUUGCUACAGUACAGAAAUAUGAAAUGCAAAUGCUUAUCAAUCAACAAUCAUUUGAAAGACUACCUGAGCCUUCAGCUUCUACAUCAUCAACUUCGACUCCACAUCCCUCACCUCAGCCAGUGCAGGAACAUACAACAGUAACAUAUGGAGAUCAGCAACAGAAGUUAUCUACUUAUACAUCAGUUCCAAACAGCGCCAAUCCUUUGCAAAACUACUUUUCAACUUUUCAGGAUUCUUAACUCUUCAAUAGGCUAUACAACUUAAAACAUUAGAGUUAUCACUAACGUCAAGAAACACACAUAAGUAAUGAUGAAUUUUGAGAGUGAGAAACAAAUUAAUGUACGUACUGUCACUUAGCAUGAAAAUAAACUUUUAAAAGUUUAAAGAGUCUAUGAAAUCUCCAGCACGGAUUUAGAUAGAUAAGUGCAGUAAAUGACCAACUACAAA